AUGGCAGAUGAAGUGGUUGUGUUGGAUAACUCGGUUAGCAUAUUUGGGAAGAGAGUUAGAAUUGCAUUAGCUGAAAAGGGUGUUAAGUAUGAGUACAAGGAAGAGGAUCUCAGGAACAAGAGCCCUUUGCUUCUUCAGAUGAACCCUAUUCACAAGAAAAUUCCAGUUCUCAUUCAUAAUGGCAAACCCAUUUGUGAAUCUGCAAUUAUUGUGCAAUACAUAGAUGAGGUCUGGAACGACAAGGCUCCACUCAUGCCCUCUGAUCCUUACCAGAGAGCUCAAGCCAAAUUUUGGGUAGAUUUCAUUGACCAAAAGUUGUAUGAAAGUUGGAAGAAAAUGUGGCUUUCUAAAGGAGAAGAGCAUGAAGCUGGGAAAAUGGGGUUGGUCUCUAGCUUUAAGAUACUAGAAGAGACCUUGGGUGACAAACCUUUUUAUGGGGGUGACACAUUUGGGUUUCUUGAUGUUGGUUUUAUCCCUUUCGCUAGUUGUUUUUAUACUUUUGAGAUGUUUGGCAACUUCAAAAUGGAAGAGGAGUUUCCUAAACUCUUGGCUUGGGCUAAGAGAUGCAUGCAAAAAGAGACUGUGUUCAAAUCACUUCCUGAUGAAAAGGUGAUGUAUGAUCGUGCUUUAGCCUACAAAAAAUCACUUGGAUUGGCAUAG